AUGAUUUACCAAUUACUCCAAUAAUAUAAGUAAACAUCGAUUCAAAAUUCUUACUUAACACCAGAGUUAGAAUUCAACCUUUAGGAUUAUGAAGUAUCUAAAAUUUUAAUUACCUGAGGAUCAGCUUAAAGAUCAGAGAAUUUUUUAUAUAGAAAUUUGAUAUUGAAGAAAUAAAAUGUAGGCUUGAUAAUGAUGUAGGCAUAAAACAGAAAUUGAAAUAUAUGACUCCGAUUCAUAAAUCAUUUGAUUAUUAUUAUUAUUUGAUAAAGACUAUCGGUGAGUCUGACAAUCCUUCUUAGCAUACAAAGAAAUACUUAGAGUAUUUAGUAAAAUCUCAGAGUUUUCAGAAUAUAAUUUCAGAGAGAUGCUAUUUAUUAAUAACUUAAGCAAACUCAAUUGAUAAUUUAGAGGAUUAAAUUGAAUAACUCUUUUAAAUAUUCUUUUUCCUCAAAGAUAUUGAUAUAAAUAUUCUACAAAAAUCUAACAUUUCUCUAAUAUUUACUUUACAAAAGAUAAUUGAAAUCAAUUACACUGAAUAUAAAUUCAAUGAACUAUUCUAAAAAUUUGAUGAUUUUCUAAUUUUAAUCUUGAAUAGCACAUAAUUAUAGUAAUAUAAAACAAUUCCAGCCCAUCCCCAACCUUUAGAAUGCAUAUAAUAUAGAGCUGAAAACAAUUAAAUAUUUGGACAAACUAAUGAACAGUUUGAGAACUCAGCAAGUUAUUUGGACUUUCUAUUCAAUUUUUUAAGAGAAGACUACAUUUAUUAUAUCAGGGAACAAAUUAAUUAUUUAUCUGAAAAGGGAUUUAUUAAACCUAUUGCUAGAAGUGAUACUUUUAACAUUGAUUUAUAUUAAGACAUAAAAUUAAUAUAAUUUGAGAUUAAUAAUCUUCACAUUAAAUGGAAAAUAGCUAUCAAGUAAUUUGAUUUAGAUUAAAGAUAUAUGAGAGACCACAUUGACUGGAAUUAUUCAAAUAAACUUUAAAUUGGUUCUCUGAUUUGUAUUACAAAUAUAGAAUGUCAUCCAUUGCUUUUUGGCAUAAUCAUCAAUAGAGAUAAACAAUAAGAUGAAUAUGAAAUAUCAAACAGAAUUAAUUUAGAAUUUCGAUUUUUGGGCCCUAAAUCUUAAAUAAUGGAAUUCUUAAAUCUGCUUUCUUAAUAAACUAUUUUGAUGGACUGUAAAACCGAAAAAUAAUUUGAAGCCUAACUUUAUAACUUAGAAACAAUUAAAAAAAUGUAAUAUUUGCCAUAGACAAAUUUGAUACUUGAGAAUUAAUAACCACCAUAUUUUUAUUAAAACUACUUAUUGUCAAGAUGCUUUUCUUAAUUGCUAUCAACUUGUGAUAAAGAAUAGGAGAAAGCCAUGCAACUAAUUCUUUUUGAAAAAGUAGCAUUCAUCUAAGGACUUCCAGGAACCGGAAAAACUUACUGUGCUACUAGGGCUGUAGCCAUCUUAAAUCAGAGAUUAUCAUAAGUUGAUAAGCCUAUUCUGAUAGUUUGCUACAAUAAUCAUACCUUAGAUCAUUUCUUAGAGAAACUGCUUUAAUUUAUUCCAGCUGAUCAAAUAGUUAGACUAGGAGGAAAUUCUAAAUCUGCUAAAAUUAAUUCCUAUAUGUUCUAAAGCAGAUCAAAUCUUGAUUUUGAUUAGAAAGAAUUCAAAGAACUUAAAAACUAAUUAAAGUUAAUUUUUAAUAGAUUAAUUUAAUAUGAUUAUACUAUCAAUGCUCAGGAUAUAACUAGAUUAUGGCCUGAACUAAGAGAUAAGCUUAUAAAUGAUUUUCUUAAGGAAAGAGAUUUGAAUAAUUCAUAAAUUGAUGUGCUAAUUCAAAAUUAAAUCUUAAAUUCUUGGAUUAAUGUAAAACCCUUUGCUGAUGAUCGAUUUCUUUAAUUUGAAAGUAAGAAAUUUGGACUUCAUGUUAUUACUCAAAAAGAAAAAAUUACCUAAUAAGUUCGGCAGAAUAAUGUUUUUGGAACACGAACUACGUAAGUAAAUGACCUUUAAGAUUAUGAUCAAGAAUUAUCAAAUCAAAAUGAAGAACUUCUUACGCCUAUAGAAUAGUUUAAUAAGCAAAACUAAAAUCAAUCUAAUUUACACUAUAAUUUUAGAGGAAUCGAAAUGAUUCAGCUAUGUUUGUAAGACGAUACAUUCAACAUUUGGGAACUUAACUAUGAAGACAUAGGUGAGAUAAUUAAAUAUUUAAAGUAUCUAAAAUAUCAGGAAGAUUGUCUUUUAUUUGAAAAAACAUACAAAAAAUAUAAAAAGCUAUCCUAAACUUUAUAAAAUCUUAAAGAUAGUUAUGAUUUAUAGAAAUUGAAUGAAUAUUAAGUAAUCGGAGUGACUGUCACUGAUGCAGCAUACUGCUCACAUAUAUUAACAUAAUUGAACUCAAAAGUAUUGGUUGUUGAAGAAGCUGAACAAAUCUUAUUAUCUAAUUUAGUAACUAUUCUGACAAAUAAUUUCGAACAUGUUAUUUUAUUUGGAAAUUAUUUCAAUUUGGAAGAAUAAUUGUAGAAUUAUGAUUAAACGAAUUACUACUUUUUAAAAAACAUAUAAAAUCAAAAAAUUCCAUCUGUUGUUUUAUCUACUUAAAGGAGAAUGAAAACUAAUAUUGCUGAUUUUAUGAGAAGUAUCAACAACUAAAAUAUUGCAGAUCACCAUGAUAUUCUUGAAACCAUAAAUACAAUGUAAGUUAAGGGUUUAGAUUCAGAUUUUUUUAUUUUUAAUAAUGAGCCAUUUGGAGAUUUAUGUAGAAAAUCAAAAGAAAAUGAAUAAGAAGCUGAAAUGAUUGUUUAAAUGGUCUAAUAUCUUAUUUAAGCGGGAAACAAAGAGUCUUAAAUUACUGUAUUAUCGCUUUAUUAAUAGCAAGUAUAAUUAAUAAAGGAGAAAUUUAGAAAUGAGAAUUAAAAUUAGGUUAGGGUAGAGACAGUUGAUGAUUAUUUAGGAGAAGAAAAUGAUAUUGUAAUAGUUUCAUUGAUAAUUAUUAAUAAUAAAAAAAAGCUAUGUAAGAGUAAAUACCAAAAUAGAAUUAAAACUGCAUUUUCAAGAGCAAAAUUAGGUCUUUAUGUGUUCGGUUAUAUUAAAUAUUCAAGGUAAACUACUUUAUAUAAUUCUUUUCUUUCUAAAUUUUUAUCUUUGCUAUAAGAUAAAGACUAUCUUAAAAAUUAUAUCACUCUUAAAUGUCAUAUUCAUGGUAAAUUAAGGAGAAUAGAUCAAUCAAGCCACUUGUUAAAUAUGUAAGGAGGCUGCUGUUGUAAUAAUCACACUUGCAGAAAAUAAUAUCUUCAAAACAUUCAAAAUCAAAAUGAUUGCUAAGAAAUUUGUUAAAAUAUACUUCCAUGCAGACAUCAAUGCUAAUAAAGGUGCUAAGCUUAGUGUAUCUGCACCACUGCUUACCAUUGUAAUUUACCUGGUUGUAAUCAUAUAGCUAAAAUUCAAUGUGGAUAAGAUCUCACUAAUUUUCUUUGCUAACAAGAUUUAUCGGUAUGUUUUAUUUCAACAUGUAAACACACAACUAAAUUCAAAUGCUAUUAAAAGGAAAAUUUUUUGUAUUAAUGUUAACAUGUUUGUGAUAAGGUUCUUCAGUGUGGUCAUACAUGUUAAAAACUAUGUUGGGAAAAUUGUUAACCUUGUGCUUAAAAUAUUAUCAUUUCACUUUAUUGUGGAAUACAUAAAAUUUAAAAGAAAUGCUUUGAAAUUUAGAAUCAUUUAAUUAAUGGUUUAAAAUUGUCUCCUUACUUUUUUAAUUCUAAGAUUGGCAAGGAAUUUUUUUAUCGAAUCUUGGAAAGUUUAACCAAAGGCAUGAUAAAAGAUGUUCCCAAAUUAGAUUAAAUAGAAGGCUUUAAAUGCAAAAUUCCUUGUUCAAGACCUAGAAAAUGUGGUCAUAAGUUUAAAUGCUCUAAUCUUUGUAGUUAGUAAUGCACUCCAUGUGAGUAAGUGAUUCUUAUCACUUUAAAAUGUGGUCAUAAAUAUUAAUAUUUGUGCAAAGAUGUAACAGUAGCCUUAAAAGGAUUGCUACCAAAUGAAUAUUUUGAAAAACAAUUUUAAUGUGAACAUGAAAAAAAAUAAUAAGGUUUUGAAAACUGUAUUUAGUGCAGAGAUAAAAUAAUCAAAAACUUAGAAGAAUAGAUUAUAUGUAAAGAAAAGUGUAUUAGAAAGAGAAGUUGUCGUCAUGAAGAUCCUUGCCUUAAUUAGUGCUGCUAUGAAUGUUCUCCUUGCUUACAAAUAAUGUAAAUAUCUUUAGAUUGUGGACAUUAAAAAUUCGUUGAAUGCUUUUCUAACAAUACUUAAUGUUCAUAACCGUGUGUUAAAACAAGAGCAUGUGAACAUUAUUAUCCGUGCUCUAAUUAUUGUUCCUAACCUUGUAGUCCAUGUUAAGUUGAAAUAGCAAUAACAUUACCUUGUGGUCAUUUAACGCUUGCAAAAUGUCAUACUGUAUAAACUACGUCUACAGGUAUUGUACAAUAAGGUGAUGAAUAAGAAUGUGGAUAUUGUUCGCGUAUUUAUUGA